GGCGUGGCCCGGCUGGGGUCGGAAGUGACUCCACGGCCAGACGCCGGCGCCAUGGAGGAGUACGCUCGGGAACCUUGCCCAUGGCGAAUUGUGGAUGAUUGCGGUGGAGCCUUCACUAUGGGUGUCAUCGGUGGCGGAGUCUUCCAGGCCAUCAAGGGCUUCCGCAAUGCCCCUGUUGGAAUUCGGCACCGGUUGAGAGGUAGUGUCAAUGCCAUGAGGAUCCGAGCCCCCCAAAUUGGAGGUAGCUUCGCAGUGUGGGGGGGCCUGUUCUCCACCAUCGACUGCGGUCUGGUGCAGCUGCGGGGCAAGGAAGAUCCCUGGAACUCCAUCACUAGUGGAGCACUGACCGGGGCCGUGCUGGCUGCCCGCAGUGGCCCAUUGGCCAUGGUGGGCUCGGCGAUGAUGGGGGGCAUCCUCUUGGCCCUCAUCGAGGGUGUCGGCAUCCUCCUCACUCGCUACACUGCCCAGCAGUUCCGCAAUGUGCCCCCGUUCCUGGAGGACCCCAGCCAGCUGCCCCCUAAGGAGGGUACCCCGGCCCCAGACUAUCCCAGCUAUCAGCAAUACCACUGAGGAAGCGACCGCCUAACACCACCACCGUGGGAGCUGCUCCUCGGUUCCCUCCCCAAUGAUCUACCUCGAAGGGAGGGCUGGCUCCCAGUUAGCCCUGGGACCCUCUAGAGAGGGCCUCUAUAUUGCUCCUUUGUCCCAGGGUGGGGGUGGGGCACCCCAGCUGCCCUGAUAGAUGGGUCCCCUUUUUCUCAGGGCACCCCAGCCCCAGACUCACAUGUAACAAGCUCUCACCCAGCUCCUUCGUGUGGCACCCUGAUGAAUAUUUAAAGCCAGUUUUAAGAUGCC